AUGCCAAACGUUUGCGGAACGUCUCAGGAGAUCUUUGGGCAGCGCAUCUCCGACCAUGUGCCGCAGGAGUUCACCUUUGCCCCUGAGGGAUCUGAGGGAUCGGGCAUCCAGGUCCUCAGCUGGAAUAUCAUGGCCAGAGCCUUGUGCAGAAGGAAGGCGGUGGAGGGCCAGGAUUCAGAAAUCUCCAACAAUGGCCUUGAGAUGGAUGAGACCAUCCAAGAAUACACUGAGAGACUGCUGCAGAAGGUUGCUCCCAUGAUCAUCUCUUGGAUUCUUCAGCACUACCGGGGCAGCCGGCGGAAAUGGAUUUGUUGCUUGCAGGAGGUGCCUGGACAUCGCCAUCUCAGGCGAGAUCUGUUGCAGAAGGUGCAAGCUGGACUGAAGGACAAGGGAGCUUCCCUUCAAUCUGCAGAGCAAGCGACAUCUGCCUUCAUGUGCACCGUCACUCUGUGGGAGACUGCAGCCUGGGAUCUUCAGCAUUGUGCCCACAGCGACCACGUGUUGUGCACCGUUCUGUCGUCUAAAGGGACGGGUGGAGCUCCAGUGCUGUUGCGGGUGAUGAACUGCCACCUGCCACUGGACCAGGGACUGAUAUCAUCGACCGAAUCGACCUCCAUGGCUCGGGUGGUGCAGUUGUUGGCCGAGUCGCCAGCGCAACAGGUGGCCCUGGUGGUCGGAGACUUGAAGCUGGAUUUGGCCGUGGAAGGAGCGGCACAAACACUUCGUGAAGCCUACGCAAAAUGUUUGGCGGAUUCACCAGAAGUUGUAGGGUCUGCCCCUGAGAACUCCUUGCUGUGUGCUGUUGUACCGGGUUCAUCCCUCUAUGAUUGGACGCGUGGGACUUUGGAUGCAGCCAUUAUGGCACCUGGCCUCUCGGAAACCGAGAAACUUCCCGCGGUGCCCACUGGCAGUGUUUUGAAGAGGUGGGAUCCAUUGAACGGACUCAGCUCCGAGGAGUUCAUUGCGCAGUACAUCAACUACAAUCUCCAGGACCGGGUGAUGCGCCAUUUGCCCAGUUUCACAGCUGAUGAGCUGGGACGCCUGGGAGCUCAUCAUUUUGGAGACCAAGCAGAUGAGCUGCAUCGAUUGCUUCAGGUGCAAAAGCCCACAGGGAAUCCCAAGGAGUUCAUAGAGAUCGAAGUUCCCAAGGAGGACACUUCUUCUGUGAAGGUUCUUGGAGCAGCACCUCCGGCAUCAAGUUUUGUGGUACGUGCGGCCACAACGACACAACCACCGCCAGACAGCAGGGGAUUCGCAACGCCAAAAGAUCGGCAGGAUUUCAUACAGAAACACAUCCAUCGGAAGCUCCAGAGCAGUGUCGCUGAGUUGAACGACGAGGACCUGCGCCUGUUGGGUUUGCUUCAUUUCAGCGAUCAACCAGCAGAACUGCAGCGCUUCUUGAAGCCCAGACCUGCCAGGGGCUAUGAGAAAGCAGCCGCUGUGUGCGGCGAGCGUUGGCAGGCUGCACCAGAAGCUGAAAUCGUUCAGUGGAGAGCCAAGGGUGAUGGGAUUGAAGGACUGGCAGAAUGGCUCGCAGAGCUGGGCUUGGAGGAAUACCAAGAGGCUGCGGCACUUUGGUGCAAAGACAUGGGUGCCAUUUGGCUGGCGGAGGUCAAAGAAAAUUCGGAGGAACUCGCUGAUCACCUGGGCCUUCGGCCCCUAGAGCGACGGCGGUGGUGGCGUGACCACAUCGUUGGGGAUCAAGAGUCUGCUUCCACAGCUUUCGAUUUAUUUGCCACCGACCCUGCAGGCUGCCAGGUCAACCUAUACGAGGUUUUGACCUGUGCAGCCUUGCUGUCUCUGCGCCUCAGACGAGAAGCCAAAGCAGCUGUACUUUGUCUGGUGUGGAGCGGCCGCGACGAUGGGCGACUUGGCGUCUCUGCCAUGAUCAGUUUACUAUGCUCGCUGCUGCAGGGCCUACAUCGUUUGGGAGUGCUGGUACCAUCCCCCCCACCAGUUGAGGAAAUCGAGAACGACAUUUGCAGAUUGCUAUGGGUCUUGCGAAAGCACCAGCCGUGUCGGGGCGAUGCCAUUGCGUUUGAGGAGCUUCUGCUGCUGGCAGACCUGGAUAUUUGCGUUGCGCUGUUCUGCGGUGCCUUCGAGCCAACGGAUCCGGAGCCCGACCUGGCCCGUGUCAGUGCCAAGCACAGCAGAGAGCAGCUGGCUACACAGCCAGGUGCACCCAAGGUGAAGUCCAGCAAAGUUGGUCGUGGAGCGCCUGUCCCACCUGGUCCACGGGGGUCCCCGCCAUAUGGCGGCCCUGGCGGCCCUGCUGCCCCACGAGGCAGAGACAGUAGCAAUCCACCGGGAGAUCGUUCGGCUAAGAAACCUGCCGUUGCUCCAGAAGCUACCAAGGUCUCUGCCGUCACGGCAUCAGCUCUGAUGAGCCGCAGGGAGGUGCUGGAAGCCUUUGAGACCUUCAAAGCCAUCAGAGCUGAGCAGGAACGUUUGCCCCGCUCCUCCAAAUGUAGCUAUGACACCUCAGCGAUCCGCUCGCUGCAAAAGAUUAAAGUGCCACAAGUGCAAAUGGCGGUGCGGCGGUUGCUGUCGCGUGGACAGGCCUUGGAGCUGCGGGACUUCUUGCGGAUGUUGGCCAAGGCCAAGGCUCCUGCGGGGUUUUGUGAUGGUCAUUUGCGAAUUUUUGAAGCUUGGAUUACCGAGCGUGUUCAGCUGACCGACUCUGAGCUCAUCAAGUAUCGCCUGGACAAGCCAAUUCCGAUCUCGUUGCCGGGCGUCGUGGCUUCCAACGGCGGCGAAGCUGGUCGACGGCGGCUCCAGGCAUUGAUGAGACGAUCGCGGGCAGUGACUACUCAGGCUUGGCUGCAAAGGCAGCGGCAAGCUUUGGCUGAGGAGGUCCAUGCACAAAUCAGUGCAGCUCCAGGCGAUUACGUUCUAACUUUAGAGCAGAUGGUCAUCCAGGGUGUGCUCCCUGCUGAGUUGGCCACCGCGGCUGCUAGGAGCUUUGGUUGGGACGGCUCCCACCUCGUCAGUGAGGGUGCCUUUUUGGAGCUCUUUGUGCCGGUAGCGCCUGAGGAUUUCCACACUUUGGAUUUCAUGCGGGCCUUCCGGCGGGCAUGGCUCUUUGUGACUGAGACACAGGAUGUGGUGGACUUCCCAUCGCCUGACAAGGAGGGCGGGAACUAG